AUGACGGUUCAUCUUCCCGCUCGGUCGCUUGGGGGCAUGGCGAAGUCGGCGUCGUCCACUGAAGAACACAAAUUUCUUCAACGCGAAGCCAAGGCAGUGGCCGACCAUCAACGUCUCUUGCACCGCACACGUGCGACGCCGGAUGCGACUCGAGACGCCGCCGUUGCAGAGCUCGAGAGUCAAUUGCACGUCUUCAAAGACAUCCAAGCGACCUUCUCGAUGGCCACGAAAGACGACAAGUACCGGCGCAAGCGCGAGCUGUACCGCUUCCAGCAGCGCUUGCCGGCGUACGCCAAGCGCGACGCGAUCGAGCGCGCCGUGACGCAGAGCCGUUUCGUGGUCGUGCAGGGCCAAACGGGCUCGGGCAAAAGCACGCAAAUUCCCCAAUAUCUCGCCGAGCUUUUCCCAGGUACCAAGAUCCUCGUGACACAGCCACGGAAGCUCGCGGCCAUGGCCCUCGCGGAGCGCGUGGCCCUCGAGUUUGCUGGCGGCUACGAAAAGGCCGCGACUGUGGGCGGCGAUGUCGGCUACCGUGUCGGCGGCCGGCGCCAGUGUCGCACGCGUGGGCGCAUCGAGUUCAUCACGGAAGGUGUCCUUCUCGACAUGAUCAUGCGCCAAGACGACGAGCUCUUCAAAGGCAUUGGCGCGAUUGUGGUGGACGAAGCACACGAGCGCAGUAUCAUGUGCGACUUGCUGCUCGGGUCGCUCAAGUCGGACGACGCGCGCUGGCGCUCGAUCCCUCUGGUCGUCACGUCCGCUACCAUUGACGUCGACCUCUUCUCGACGUACUUUGGCGGUGCACCGAUCGUGGACAUUCCGGGGCGCAUGUUCCCAGUCGACGUCCUGUACACGCCGACGCCCGACGGCACCAAAGACAUGGCCACCUACAUGGCCCAGAUGGCGCGACUGCUCCACCGCGACAGCCCACAAGGCGACAUUCUGUGCUUUCUACCUGGCCAAGACGACGUGUUGCGGGCCCACGACGUGUUCGAGAAGCACCCGGAACCGGGCCUUGUUGCGCGCACUCUGUACGGCAAGCAGGACCCGGCGGAUCAAAAGCUCGCCUUCGCGCAUACCCCCGAGCAGCGCAAGGUGCUCUUCGCAACGGACGUGGCCGAGACGUCGAUUACGAUCCCCGGGGUGGUCUACGUCGUCGACAGCGGGCUCAAGAAGGGCGUGAGCUACGACCACGUGCGGAAAAUCGCGUCGCUCAAAGUGCAGAGCAUCGCGCGGAGCUCGGCGAUCCAGCGGGCAGGCCGCGCCGGUCGGACGCAAGCUGGCACGUGUGUCCGGCUCUACAGCGAGCACGAUUUCGAGCUCAUGGAGACGAGUACGCUGCCCGAGAUUUUUCGACAGCCGCUGGCGCUUGCCGUGCUCACGCUGCGCCGGCUCGGCAUCGAUCCAAAAUGCUUCGAGUGGCUCUCGGCCCCGCCCGCCGACGCCAUGGCGGCCGCGGAGCGCGAGCUGACGUUUCUUGGCGCGCUUGAGAGCGGCCGCGUCACGGCCCUCGGUACAACGAUCACGACGCUGCAGCAGCCGCCCGAGCUCGUGCGGAUGCUUGUCAAGAGCUGUGCACAGGGCCAUGGCGAGGCAGCGCUGCAGGUCGCGGCGGUUCAAUCGGUCGCGCACAUGUUUGCGUGGCGCGACAAGACGAAGAAGCCGUCGACACACCCGAUGCUCGUCUCCACCGACGGCGAUAUCGUGCCAAUGGUGCGGGCGCUGGCGCAAUACCGCAAUGUCCUCAAGGGCGUCACGCAAGUCAACGACACGCCCGUGCGAGACGUCGUCGAGCCCUCGGACGAGACACCUGUGGUUGCGCUCACGGCCGGGCAUCUGCGCCGGCUCAACGGACAGCCGCGCGCCGCCAUCCAUGAACAUGAUGACGACGAUAACGAUGGGAACACCGAUGAGACGCGCUCCGAGUGCUCGUCCGAGGCCUCGUCAGGAGACAGCAGCGAGUCGGUGCCAACGCCGCCCAAGAGCGCCACCAAGAGCAAUUUCCGGACCAAAAAGAUCGCCGCGCAAAAGUGGUGUCAACAGAACCGGCUCAACAACAAGGCACUCGGCCUUGCUGUCGCGUUCCAAGACGAGCUGCGGGGCCAAGUCGCCGACUUGGACGUUUGGAGAGCGCAGCCGCAAACGGCCACCGUGUCGGACAGCGACCUGCGGCGCAUCGUCUUUUACGGGUACUUUUUACACGUGGCUUGUCUCAAGCGAGACCGCAGCCACAUGCUCCAGUAUUGCGCCGUCGAAGCCGACGUCGUGGGCACGAUCCCGAUCGAGGCCGCGAUCCAGAGCGGGGUCCCACCAGACUGGAUCGUCUACGACAAGAUCUUCCGCCCCGCCGGCCGCGCUCUCCUCGUGACAUGUACGCCUGUCGACGAAGAGUGGCUCGCCUCAGAGAGCCCGGAUUUCGCGCGCAUCGUCAGCGCCAAGCUGCCGGCGCUUCCCAUCUCGACCGUCGUGCUGACCGUGCCCGGGCCCGUGCUCAAGAAACUCGUGGGGAAGCAGCUGUGCAACCUCGAAGCCCUCGAAGUCCAGCUCGGGUGUACGCUGCACGUCGUGCCGGACAAGGGUCAGCUACUGGCGUUUUGCACGCCGGCCAUUGCGCGCGGUCUGCAGCCGCAGGUUGAUGCGCUCGUCGCACCGUUCCAGGAAGAAAUGCUGGCGCUCACGACAGAGCAGACGUACCUCGGCGGCACGCGCGCCGUUCUCGGCGCUGGAUUCGUCGUCAACGAGCUGCUCUUUGAUGACGAGUACGUCACGGUGUAUGUGCGCCAGCUCCCCGCCACGAUGCCUCGGCGCGAUGUCCGAGCCUUUGUUGCCAAAGCCGCCGCCAACUGCGCCCAGCCGAUUCUGCGCGCGCUCGAGCAGCAAGUCGUCAACGGCGGCGACCAAUCCACCGUCGCCAAGCAAGUGCUCACGCGGCUGCAAGGCGAAGUCAUCGCCGGGCGCAACGUGCAAGUGAGCGCCGGCAAGGCGAUGGCCAAGCCCGGCCUGCAGCAGUCGACAUCGAGUCGCAUCAAAGUGUCCUGGGCCACCGCUGCCUCGAAAGGCGUCGUCAAGGUGUGGUUCAAGUCGGCGUCUGACGCCAACCGGUUUCUACUCGAGUACAGAACCAUUCUGCCCGAGGCAUCGCGCGCCGUGGCGAUAGGCGCAUCGGAGACGCCUGCCAAGACACCACCAAAUGGGCUCAAGCCACUGCCACCCGUGACGCGCAUGGCCAACAAGGUGUACCUCUUCAACCUCAGCACCGAUUUUACAUCGUUUCUUGUCGCCGUACACGGUCUCCCACCCGCCAUGGACGAGGUCGUGCUCACGGAGCGCCUCACGUCCAUGCCGCACGAGCGCUUCCGCAUCGAUCGCGUUGUCAACAGCUCUGCGGACCAAGUCAGCUCGGCAGAGAGCGUCCUCGCCGUGCGGGCGCGGCGGCUCGGCUCCGUUUUGGCGCGCAUGCCAUUUGCUUUUGUGGCCACGGAUUUUCUCGACGCUGGUCGCGCGGGUGUGUACAUCGUCAGCGAUGACACGGCGGCGCUCGAGGCUCUCUACACGUCGGCGCUCCAGGCGUGGGCACCGGCGGAAAUGCCGUGCGGGCAGCCUAUCCGGCUUGCCCUCGAGCACACGUACGUGGCGCGGAUGCACGUCGAAGUGUUCAAGAAGCGCACCAAUCUGCUCGCACCGGUGCUUACGGACGCUCGGCGGCGGGGUGUCACUGUCUUUGAGGUGCCGACGAAAACGAUCUUCCAAGCGAUCCGGUUCACGUGCACGUCGCGCCUGACCCUCGGGCGAAUUCAAGCCGAGCUCGGCGAGAUCACAAAGUGCACGCAGUUUAAGCACGCGGACAUCAAGCGUCUCUUCUCGGGCGCGGGCCGCCGGUUUCUCGGCGAGCUCUCCAACGACGUCUACGUGCACUGGAACGCACGCACGGGCCAAAUCUUCGUCUACGGCUUCGAGGACGAGUUCCAGAAGGCCAAGCGCGCGAUGAUCGGAUUCCUCGAGCAGUUUGCCGCGCUGGAGGUCAUCGACCAUGUGCUCAUGCUGGACAAGCGCAAGAUCAAGUCGCUCAAAUUUGCAUCCGUGUGUGCGCGUGCGUUUGAUCACUACGUCCUCGGCGCCAAGUUGUACCUCUCGGGGUCACGCGACGCCAUCCUGGCCAUUACAACGUCCCUCCAAGGCGUCUUGUUCCCAAAACGCAGCGGGCCCCGCACGGUCUCGACGAGUGCGCUCGAGUGUCCGCUGUGCCUCUGCGACGUGGAUGCAACCACGACGCAGUUGACGUUGUGCGGCCACACCUUUUGCACCGACUGCAUCCUGCCCAUGUUUGGGAGUCAGGAUACGAAGCUGCCGCUGAGAUGCCCUCGGGACGGGUGCGAGGCUGCCUUGAGUGUCGAAGACUGCGUCAAGCUUGUGCCGCCGUCGCAACUCGAGGGCUUGGCCGAGAAGGCCGUUGAGCUCUACCGCGUGCAGCACGAAGACGCCUUCUCGCUGUGCCCGCAGCCGGGUUGCAACCAAGUGUUCCGCAUUGCAGAGUACAAAAAAGGAAAGCAAGGAGAAUAUCUCGCCGUGUGCGACAACUGCGAGAAGACCUACUGCAUCACGUGCUCAGACAAGUUGGCGACGCCCGCCGACGAGCACCCGCCCGUCACCUGCCAGCUCUAUCAGCUCAGCGCGAACCAGACGGUAACCGGCCACGCCCGUCGCAUCUGCAACGAGAUCCUGACGCUCGCUUGCCCGAAAUGCAAGGCGGCAUUCCUCGACUUCUCCGGCUGCACGUGCGUCACGUGCGGCAACACCAACUGCAGCACUAAUUUCUGCGCCAACUGCCUCGUCUACCACGACAUGGACAGCGGUACCUGCCACAACCAUGUGCGUAGCUGUCCAUCGAAUCCAAACCAAGGCAACUACUUUGUAUCGGCCGAGCAGCUGCAGGCAACACACGCCAGCGCGCGCAAGAAGCAAACAGCCGCGUACCUGACGCGUGCCACGGUCGCCGGCGACGAACGACGCGGCGUGUGGCAGAUGAUCGAGCGCGACUUGGCAGACCUCGGCGUUCACUUCACUGCGCAGGAACUCGCUCAGCUAUCCAUUUCCUAA